AAAGAUAAUAAAAUGCGCACCUGGGACAAAACGUAAACUACUGAAUGAUGAUAUUACGAAAACAUUCUUACAGACAUUUUAAAUGUUAUACGUUAUUCCGAUAUGCUAUGGAAGCAGAAAUUUUGUAUAUUUUUCGUUUAUUGACGACACACUUUAUACAUAAAUUUGGAGUCGGCCGGGUAUUCCCAUGACUCACAAUAAAGAUCCCCAGAUCUCUACUUAUGCAUGCAUUCAUAUUUAUAAACAGAUGUAUUAUCUAUAUAUGCAUACAUCAUAUUAAAAGCAACCGGAGAGCAACGUACCCUUGCAUAUCUGUUUAGGAAACAUCCCAAUACAACUCUUACUCAUGCGUUUAGAGGGUUUGGAACAUUAAUGGAUAUGGCUUUGCAAUAUUUCAAAGUGAUAAUCGCUGCCACUGCAUGCCUUUUCGAUGUUAAGGUAUUGGUCAUGGGAGAGGAAUGCACAGAAUCGCAAUCAACUGUGGAGGCUGUCCAAGUUUGCCCCAAAACAGCUGCAGAGUGGGCGACUGCGGCAUCAAAGAAAGGUUGUCAUAACAUCAAAAACAGCUGCGGGUCAUUUGAGUACCACUGUGUGAUUAAUGCCUGGCAGAAUGAGACAAUAGAAGUGUGUUCUAAAGUUAUAAAUAUUGUAGGAAACGUCUGUGCAGAAUACAGUUUUGGUGGACGUAGAAUCCAACGCAACAGGGAUACAAAGUGCGCUACAUGUCCCUCUGUUUACAAAUCAAAUGAAACUUACAUAUAUUCAGAAUGUUACAGCCAAGCCCAUCAACGUCGAAAGACAGUAAGACCUAAUAUCAGCUCGUCAUCUAGAGUAUAUACGACAAACGAGAGUAUAAUCUUGACAUCGUCACCAGUGUAUGUCGAUAUCCAGGCAGGGCUGACGUCAGAGUUAAAGAUCGCCCCUAACGUUAACCAUACCAACGCAGAAAAUCAAAAGCUGGAAUCAUCCUACAGACAUGCAGUUCUACUUGGUGUGGGCAUAACCGGGGCUAUAACAGUUAUCAUCCUUUGCCUGGUAUUAGUUGUAUACAGAUUUUGCAAAGAUAGAGAAUAUUGUUCCUUGAAAGGUAUUUUUUUAACCCUGUUCAAAACAAAAUACGAAUCUCAGACACCAAGGCAGACAGUCAUCGAUGUUGAAGAUAAUGGAGGCAAACUUGAAGACGAGAGGUUCACAGAAGAACAUCCAUUGACAGUAGAUGUAGUCUGAGUGAUAUAGUAAAGGAUGUGCAUGUUGAGUGAAUAAUGGAAUAUCAAAAUAAACUGAUUAACAACAACUUAAGAUUGACUAAUUAAUGGCAGUUAAACAUGACUGACUAAUGGCAGAUGACGAUUUACUGACUAAUGGCGGGUUGAAAUUGAAAUUGACAAUGAAGGACAAAUUUAAAGAUUAUGUACAAUAUCAUAAAGUUUUGGAUUGACUGAUUGGUGUCAAGUAGAUAUUGACUACCUGAUAUUAGAUAGGUUUAGUGAAUGAUGUUACAGAUUUCCUGAGUGAGGUUAAAUAAAGAUUGACUGAGUGAUGUUAGAGAUUGAUUGAGUCAUUUUAAAAAAAAAACUUGACUUAGUGAUGUUCGAUAUUGACUGAGUAUUGUUAAAGAUUGACAAUGUGAUGUUACAGAUUAACUGUGUGAUGUUAGAGAUUGACUGUGUGAUGUUAGAGAUUGACUGUGUGAUGUUAAAGAUUGACUGAGUGAUGUUAGUGAUUGACUGAGUAAUGUUAGAUAUUGACUGAGUGAUUUUAGAGGUUGACCGAGUGAUGUUAGAGAUUGAGUAAUGCUAGAGAUUGACUGAGUGAUGUUAAAGAUUGACUAUGUGAUGUUACAGAUUAACUGUGUGAUGUUAGAGAUUGACUGUGUGAUGUUAGAGAUUGACUGUGUGAUGUUAAAGAUUGACUGAGUGAUGUUAGUGAUUGACUGAGUAAUGUUAGAUAUUGACUGAGUGAUUUUAGAGAUUGACUGAGUGAUGUUAGAGAUUGAGUAAUGUUAGAGAUUGACUAAGUGAUGUUAAAGUUUGACUGAGUGAUCUUAGAGAUUGGCUGAGUGAUGUUAGAGAUUGACUGAGUGAUGUUAGAGAUUGACUGAGUGAUGUUAGAGAUUGACCGAGUGAUGUUAGAGAUUGACCGUGUGAUGUUAGAGAUUGACUGUGUGAUGUUAUAGAUUGACUGAGUGAUGUUAGAGAUUGACUGAGUGAUGUUAAAUAGAGAUUUUAAUGACUGGUGUUCGAAGAAUGUUUGACUAAGGGAUAAUAUACUAAUGAUAGAUCAAAAUUUUGACUGGUGACAGCAAUAUUUCGUGUCUUUGCAUUUUUUACCACUUACCUGUUUGAAGCUAUCCAUUUUGCUACACCUGUUUUUUGGGGGUUUUUUUUGUUAAUCUUUAACGUGGAAAAAAUGUACCAGUACCAUAUUGUGUUAAAAUAAAUGAACUGAAAAUUGAAACUAUAUUAUGUAUCAGUCUUUGAUAUUGUGCUAUGAAGUCUUUCAGUUACUAGACAGAUAUACGGGGCUUUUUUUCUCGGGCAUGUUCUAUUCUUGGUAAUUGCAUAUUCAACAAUGAUGGACCUUGCGUACAUGGUUCCUAUGAAGACAAUGUUGUUCAGAAUUGCUUCAUAUGCUUGCAUUGACCUGUACGUUCUUGGUCAGUGAUUAAUUUGAAUUUGAAGUCAUAUGAAUUCCUUAUAGGGGAUGCUUACUCCUCCUAGGCACCUCCGGUGUGUCCAGGGGUCCGUGUUUCCCAACUAUCUAUUUUGUAUUGCUUAUUUUCAAUAAGCAAUUGCUUAUUUUCGGAUUUCAAACAUUUCGGUUGAGCAUCACUGAAGAGACAUUAUUUGUCGAAAUGCGCAUCUGGUGCAUCAAAAUUGGUACCGUAUAAGUUUUACAUUAUAGGAGUUAUGAGAUUGAUCAUUGUUCGUUAUCUUCACCUUGCAUGUAUAUAAAUAUAUGUUCCAUACAGAUUAAACUCGAACACAUGAGCCCCAGGUCACAAAGUGUACACUUUGCCGCUGAGCUAUCGUGGCGAGUAUACGACUAAUGAAUGCACAAUCUAUAAAUAAAAUGUGUUUUAAUGAUAUAAAUCAGUGCCAUACAAAGUCUUGUAUUUUCAAAAUAAUAACACAAUUAUUACUUUUCACCCCUUUUCUUAUUGUUCCUCUGAAAUAUAUUGCCAAAUUCCAAAUGUGAAUUCUGAAUAGAAGAUAAUUCCUUUCCCAAGCUGAGUAAUGCACGGUGAUUUUGGAUGCUUAAUCCGAAUCUAAAUGUUGUUUGAAAACUAUUCUAAAACAUCAGUAACCGUUGUAGAAUCCCUAAUUGUCCUCACCUAUCUGCAUUGUACAUUAUGAAUGAACCUAUAUUCAAUGCACAAUACGCAUCAAAUCAUUCGGAU